UUGGAAACCUUUUACCCUAUAAAUGUUGCUCCAACCAUGCAAACCUCCAUAACUCUCAUCCAGAGUUAGAAAACCAAAAAAAAAAAAAACAAAUAAUAAAGGAUAAGCUUAUUAUCCUUCUUCCUCAUUUCAUCUUUCUCCCCGAUUCCGCAUUCUAAAUCUUUCGAAGCCUUUGGAAUCGGAAUAUCCUCGUACCACCAAUAAGAGGGAGAUAUCAAAAAGAUUAAAAAAAAAAAGGGGGAAAAAAAGAAAAGAGGUUUUUUAUUUAUUUUAUUUUUUUGAAAAGAAAAAAGAAGAAAAGAAAUGGUAGGAAAAGCUGUUAUAUCAGUAUUUUCUCUGAUUCUAGUAGUCGGAGUGGUGAUUGGGGUUGUAGCCAUCGUGCAACGGAGCAAUAACAGCGGCGGAAACAGUGGCAGCGGCCAACAGGUUUCAACCUCUACAAAGUCUGUAGCUCAAAUAUGUCAACCAACCGAUUACAAGGAAGCUUGCGAGAAGAGUCUUAAUAGUGUAAAGGAUACGAAAGACCCUAAAGAAUACGUGAAGGCAGCUAUCUUGGCUACUGUAGAAGCUGCGACAAAAUCUUUCAACUUGUCGAGCAAUUUGAUAGUUGACGCUAAAAAUGCUGAUAAUGACACAAGAAUGUCAUUAGAGGAUUGUAAAGACUUGUUGCAAGAUGCAGUACAAGAGCUUCAGGCAUCGUUUUCUACAGUAGGCGAAAGCACCGUUAACACUAUGGAUCAGCGCAUAGCUGAGCUACAAAAUUGGCUGAGUGCAGUUGUUUCUUAUCAAGAUACCUGCCUGGAACAAUUUGGUGAUCCUAACAGCAAUUAUAAAUCUCAAAUGCAAGAUGGUAUGGUUGAUGCAACCCAGCUUACAAGCAAUGCCUUGGCUAUUAUUAAUGCUUUGUCUCAGAUGUUGUCCACCUUCGACCUCAAGUUCGAUCUUACAUCUGAGUCCGGUGAUAAUUCCCGCAAGCUUCUUUCAGUUGAUGAAACUGGCGUUCCUAUCUGGUUUGAUGGGGCAAAGCGCAGGCUUAUGGCUGCGGAUACUAGCGCUAUCAAGCCUAAUAUCACUGUAGCCCAAGAUGGUAGUGGAGAUGUCAAGACUGUUACUGAAGCAAUUGCCAAAAUUCCACUGAAGAGCGAAAAUCCAUUCAUUAUCUAUGUCAAGGCCGGAACUUAUAAGGAGUAUCCGAUUGUUGAAAAGAAAAUGUUGAAUGUUUUCAUGUAUGGUGAUGGCCCUAAGAAGACCAUUAUCACUGGUAGCCAUAGCAAUCAUACUGGCUGGAAAACCAUGAGAUCUGCUACAUUUGCGGCUCUUGGACCUGGAUUUAUGGCCAAGUCCAUGGGAUUCGAGAACACUGCAGGUCCUGAAGGUCACCAGGCUGUGGCACUGCGUGUCCAGGCAGAUAGGGCAGCAUUUUUCGACUGCAACAUUGAUGGGUACCAAGACACAUUGUACACUCAGGCACACAGACAAUUCUACUACGGUUGCUCCAUUUCAGGCACCAUCGAUUUCAUCUUCGGCGACGCCUCAGUUGUUAUUCAGAACUCAAAGAUUGUUGUCAGGAAGCCAAUGAAGAACCAAGGAAACACAGUCACUGCACAUGGAAGGACAAUGAAGCAUGAAACAACAGGAUUAAUCCUCCAAAACUGCCAGAUUAUAGCUGAAGACCUGCUAUUCCCUGAGAGGACAGUAGUCAAGUCAUACUUGGGCAGGCCCUGGAAAGCAUAUUCCAGGACAAUUGUCAUGGAAUCGGAAAUAACAGAUGUCAUUCAACCUGAAGGAUGGUUACCAUGGAAUGGAGAUCUCUAUCUUGAUACCCUGGAUUAUGCCGAGUAUGCAAAUACUGGUGCGGCUUCCGCUACCGAUAAGAGAGUGAAAUGGAAGGGUUUCCAUGUCAUCACCAGCAAGAAGGAAGCUGAACAAUUCACUGUUGGACCUUUCAUCCAGGGAGGUGAAUGGCUGAAUGGCACAGGAAUACCCUUCAAGCUUGGCUUCACAAAGUGAUUAAUAUAAAAUAAUAUUAUGAUGAUAAUGAUGUUAAUUUUGUAUUUUAAGUGGUCAGUAGAGACCCUAUAGAGUUUGAAGAAGUAGGCAAAUGGAAAAAUAUGCCUAAUCUUACUAGUUUAAUUGUUUACUUCGUGUACCUCCGAAGAAAUUUAUUUAUAUCUCAUAUCGUUUUGAAUUUAUUGUAUUAAUUUUUUAUCAA